AUGGUAUUUCUUGUGCAAGAGGAAAUACAGUUCAAGAAAUUGUCCAUAAAAUCCAGCAAGAAUUAGUUUCAUUAAUCAACUUCAAAGCACAAGAAAGCACUUUCUGAUUUGACUAAUUUAGUACGGCCUCAUUCAUCAAGAAUCUAAGAGAAUCUAUCAAAAAGGUAUUAUAUUGGGGACUACUUAUGCAUCCAGUAUCUUGAAGACUGUGGUAUUCUUGAUAGGAUAUUAACUGGGGAGUAGUGUCCUCAUUUUAGAGUUUACAAAGGCAAACCAUACUUUCAAUUAUCUAAGGUAUAGAAUAGAAUCUCUGGCUCUGUUUUAGAAUGCAAUCAAUGUACCUUCGAGAAAUAAGAGCUUCUAGAUUAAAGAUUUGCUUAGAAAUGUAGCGAUCAUAAUUUGCUAAAUCUUAAUCUUUUGAUACUUUGCAACUACUUCAACUCAUAUUGCAAGUUAAGUCAUGAACUUUGCUCUUUCUUUGAGAAUAGCAACAUCAACUUUAGACUUAUUGAUCCCAUGUAAUCUGGUAAAUCACAACUACUUUCAAAUAGCACUCAUCAUAUACUCAUUAAUUAAUGUAAAAAUGCUUCUAAAGAGGAGCUCCCUAUGAUCUUCAUUCAUGGAUAGCAUGUAGAUAUUUAGAGAGUAUUAGCCAUAGCCUAAAAGGGGACAUUUCUCAGCAUUAUUGGAAAAUCAAGGUGUCUACACUGUGAAAAGAAAAUUAACUCCUCAACCUCCCAUUAAAAGAUAUAAGCCUCAAAAUAACCUCUCCAUGACUUUUGUUGUUAAACUUGCCACAUUGAUAUUUGUAAAACCUAAAUAAAUUUAGAAAAUUACUUCUAAAGGAAACCAAUAAUGUAACUUGCAGAGGAACUUCCUCAGUAGGGAAAUUAGAUAAUGUAUCAAUAAACUUUUAAGAAGUCAAAAUCACCAAGAGCUACUCAGACUAAGAAACUUGCAAAGCCUACACAGAUGAGGUAAUCAAUAUGUGCUACAUCAAACAACUCGUUGAUGCUAAGAGAAGAUGUCAGAAAAUCAAUGAAUUUAACUUUUAGAUGA